AUGACUACAAUCGUGAGAAACGUUGCACUCCUCGGUGCCACCGGGACAUUGGGUCCUCACUUGCUGAAAGCAUUGACUGGCGCUGGACACUCUGUCACCGUUAUUCAGCGCAAGGAAUCUACGAAGGAAGCACCUCAGGGCGUGAAGUCUGUCAAGGUUGACCUGAGCAACUUCGAUGAUCUUGUCUCCGUUUUCAAGGGGCAGGAUGUCUUCGUCAGCGCUGUUCCAAACCCGACUCUAGCUUCAGACAAGGUCAUAAUCGAUGCCGCCAUCGCAGCCUCGGUGAAGCGCAUCAUUCCCUCCGAGUUUACCACCAAUCUCGACACCCCUCUUUCCCGCAAGCUGCCUCACGUCCUCGGCAAGGUCGAAGUUCGCGAGUAUCUCGAAUCUGUGGUCCCAACAUCUCCGUCAACUACAUGGACUUCCAUCAAUAAUGGCGCGUUCCUCGAGUUGUGCCUAAAGUUUGGUAUCCUCGGCCCCAACUUGAUGCAAAAGACGGCGACUUUCCACGACGGCGGUGAAAAGGUUGUCGGUGCAUCCCUGCUCCCUGACAUCGGCACCGCGUUGGUCAAGAUCCUUGAGCCGGGCCAUUUUGAGGAGACCGCCAACAAGCCAGUCUAUUUCUACUCCGCCGCCAUCAGCGAGAAGAUGCUUACCCGACUUGCGUCCGAGGCGACCGGUAUCGACUUUGGCAGCGUCGAGGACGGCCGCAUCCCAAAUCUGAAGGUCGAGGAUAUGGUCCGCGACGCGAACGAGAGGCUGGCCAAGGGAGACAAGUCUGCGAUGAUCACUUACUACUUCCCGAUGAUGUACAGCGAGGGAUACGGUGGCACUGACUUCAAGAAGCUUUCUUGGAAUGAGAAGUUGGGUCUCAGGGUUUUGAGCGAUGAAGAUCUGAAGGAGCUCUUUAAACAGGCUGCGAAGGAGCUCGGAGUUCUCUAG